AUGCGCGCGCGGGUCGCGAAAGCGCUCGCGCGCGCGCCGGUGCGUCGCUCGGUCACCGCGCGCGCGCGCCGAACGAGGGCGCGCGCGUCGAAUCGAAUCGAUGUUUUGGUUUUUGAUUUGGACGGAGUGCUCUACGACGGCGCGAACGGGUACCUCGAGCGCGUGCGGUCGAGGCAGCGAACGUUUCUGAUGGAACGGUACGGCAUGAGUGAAGAGGAAGCGCGCGAGACGCGCGAGCGGGCGUUUGGGCGAGCGAGUCAGGCGUGGAAGGGAUUGAGAGACUUGGGCUUCGACGUCGGCACGCAGGAUGAGUUCACGGCGUAUUGUCGCUCGGGGGUGGAGGAGUUUUUGAGUUACGACGAGGUUUUAGAGAGUGUGAUUCGGAAGAUGCCCCACAGGAAGUGCGUGUUCACGAACACGAGCGAGACGCAGGGAUUGAACGCUUUGCGGUGUUUGAAGCUCGAUCCGGAACAGAGCGACGUAUUUGAGCAAGUCUUCGGCGGUGUCUUCACCGCGCCGGUGUGCAAGCCGCAAAAGGAAGCGUUCGAGAAGGUUUUAGCGCACUUGGGCGACGUAGAUCCGCGGCGUUGCGUCAUGUUCGAGGACAGUGUGAAGAAUUUAAAGACGGCGAAGGAGCUCGGUAUGAAGACGGUUUUCAUCAAAACGCGGGGCGAGGAACCGAGCGUCGAGGACCUCACGCAGUUCGACGUCGCGAUUGAUUCUUUACUUGACGUCGACACGCUCAUGGAAAAGAUGCCUGAGCUGUUCGAACUUUGA